AUGUCCACCACAACCACUACCCCAAAGCCAACUGGUGUUGAUUUGUACGCUCGUUAUGCCUUGUCUGGCGCUCUUUGUUGCUCCAUCACUCACGGUGUUCUCACACCAGUAGACGUGGUGAAGACCCGUAAACAAUUGGAUCCUGUUGUUUAUAACAGAGGUAUGAUUGCCUCGUUCCGUCAAAUCAUCCAAGCCGAAGGUCCAGCUGCUAUCUGGACUGGUGUUGGACCAACUUUUGCUGGAUACUUCUUACAAGGAGCUUUCAAGUUUGGUGGUUAUGAAUUCUUCAAGAAGCAAUUCGUUAAUGGUUUGGGAGUUGAAAAGGCUACUGAAAACCGUACUGCUAUCUAUUUGGCUUCAUCUGCUUUGGCUGAAUUCUUUGCCGAUAUUGCUUUGUGCCCAUUGGAAGCUACUCGUAUUCGUUUGGUCUCUCAACCAACAUUUGCAAAUGGAUUAUUAGGAGGUUUCACUCGUUUGUUGAAGGAAGAAGGUGUUAUCCGUGGUUUCUACUCUGGAUUCUUCCCAAUCUUGUUGAAGCAAAUUCCAUACACAAUGGCUAAAUUCGUCGUUUACGAAUUGUGUGUAGAACAAAUUGUUAACAUGAUCGGAAAGCCAAAGAGUGAUUUGUCCAAGUCUGGUCAAAUGGGAGUUGAUUUGACAAGUGGUUUGAUUGCUGGUGCUUGUGCUGCUAUUAUUUCUCAACCUGCUGACACAUUGUUAUCUAAGAUUAACAAGCAAAAGGGAGCAGAAGGAGCUUCGAUUUCAUCUCGUUUGAUGGCUUUGGCUAAGGAAUUGGGUCCACGUGGUUUGUUCUUGGGUCUCGGACCAAGAAUUGUCAUGGUUGGUGCUUUGACUGCUGGUCAAUUCGCCAUCUAUUCAAGUAUUAAGGCUGCAUUAAAUGCAACAGGUGGAACUGAGCUUCAAAAGAUUAAAAAGUAA